GUGAACAAGCAGCGAAUCUAUUAUAAAAAAGAUAAACAGCAGGCGGAAACCCGAUAGCACCGUUCAUACGGCAAAUAUUGUAGGUUUUGGGUUGACUUUAUAAGCCGCGUUUGGAUGUAGAAACCGGUCUACUGCUUGCUAGCACCACGAGCUAACUAUAGCUAAUACAGCAGUUGAAGAAGUUACUUUAGCUCAACUGGGUAAACGAAUCCCGUUAGCUUAGCUGUGAGCUAACCGCUGCUAACCUUAUAAAUAGAGCUACAAUAACAAUAGGACUACCGCAGCUAAUGACUCUGUGUUUGAGUAAUCAGGCUUAGUUUUCCUCAUCUUUCUCCCUGGAAAUGUCUUUUCUUCCCAUAAGGCUCCUCUGCAGAGGCCCUGGUCAGUUUAAAAGAGGGCAGCUUGUCUAACACUCUGAAUGAGAAGAACAGUUUCACUAGAGCUCACAACACCAGAGGACGCCAUUCAUCUGUCACAAUGGACGUGCCUACAAGGAGCUCUAAGAGAAGCCGUUUGUUUCGGGAGGAAGAUGAAUCGCCGCAGCAGCGUCCCUCUUCCAGGUCCCCUCGGAGGAGCCAAAGGGUCUCCACUACACCACAGAAGUUUUCAAACAUCAUGACACCAGAUAAGAAGGCUUCACAGAAAAUAGGGCUGAGAUUGAGAAACCUCCUUAAACUACCCAAAGCUCACAAAUGGUGCAUCUAUGAAUGGUUCUAUUCCAAUAUCGACAGACCUUUGUUUGAAGGUGACAAUGAGUUCUGCUUGUGCCUCAAGGAGUCUUUUCCCAAUUUGAAAACAAGAAAAUUGACCAGAGUUGAGUGGGGAACCAUCAGGAGGCUGAUGGGAAAACCUCGACGGUGUUCAUCGGCUUUCUUUGCUGAAGAGAGAACCGCGCUGAGGCAGAAGCGGCAAAAAAUGCGCCUUUUGCAGCAGAGGAAACUGUCAGAUGUGUCAAACUGCAAAGACCUUCCUGAUGAAAUUCCUCUGCCACUCAUCAUAGGGACAAAAGUCACUGCUCGCCUCCGAGGUGACCACGAUGGCCUCUUCACGGGGCAGAUCGAUGCCGUUGACACCAGUGCUGCAACCUAUCGUGUCACAUUUGACCGCAGUGGCCUAGGAACUCACACAGUGCCUGAUUAUGAAGUCUUGAGCAACGAACCCAACGAGACCAUGCCCAUCUCAGCCUUUGCACAGAAGCAUCGGUCAACACGGUACAUUCAGAACCUCAUGACUCCUCCCAGAGGGCCCUACCCGUCGGUUACCACCCCCGUUCACAUGGACAACGAUCCACUUAUGAGCGCUUCACCAUGGAGGAACAAGCUUCCUGGUUCUGAGGGAGAUACCCUGGGAGGAUUUCCUGUUAAAUUCCUGGUCCAAGUCACGAGGUUGUCUAAAAUCCUCAUGAUCAAAAAGGAACACAUCAAGCAUUUAAAAGGGAUGAACACAGAAGCUGAGAAACUGAAGUCGUACUCGUUGCCCAUUGACCUGGAUUUUCAGAAGCGAUAUGCUACUACUGUGCUGGAGCUCGAGCAGCUCAAUAAAGAUCUGAACAAAGUUCUUCAUGAAGUUCAGCAGUUCUGUUGUGACCUCGCUCCGGACCAGGGCAUGGUCCCAGCCGACCAUCCCACGGAGCUGCGGCGGCGUUGUGAAGAAGAGGCCCAGCAGAUGGUGCAGCAGAGUGGGACAAAUCCCAGCCUCACACACCUCAUCUCCCGCCUGACCGCUCUACUCCUACAGAUAAAGUGUCUGGCAGAUGGAGGAGACCUGAAUUCAUUUGAGUUUAAAUCUUUAACAGACUCCCUUAACGACAUCAAAGCUUCGAUAGAUCCCUCCAACCUCAGUUGCUUUCAGAAUAAUGUUGAGAUCCAUGUGGCACACAUCCAGAGUGGCCUGAGUCAGCUGGGCAACCUGCAUGCAUUUGCUGCCAACAACACCAAUGCAGUCUGAGUACAUGCACCUCCCUUAAACACACGCGGGUACAUGCAUAUAGAAGUGCAGCCCUUUAACACUGAGAUGGUGCUUUUACUCGAACUGGGGUAAAUGAGUUUCAAUGGAAUUCUGCCCAGAAUCCUGAGGUUCCGGACUAAACGGAGCCAUGCUGUCAUGUAUUUUAUCCACCGCUUAAAAGUAUGACAAUGUUUGUGCAACCAACUGACCACCGUCCUGAAACAGUCUUUACCUAUUCGCCUCUGUCUGCCACAAUCUACAUGUUCAUAGUCACAUUAUUUAUUGGUUCCUUGUGCCAAACAUGGAUUCUAAUCGUUUUUAUUGUUCAUAUUUAUUUAUAUUGGUAGAUGUGUGUGGUUCUAAAAAAAAUAAUAUCCCACGUUUCCCCCCAUGUGUGUUCUGUUCUGUUGCUCCACUGUUUGUAAGCACAAGGGGAAGCUAAAGAAUGUUUUAUAAAGCUGUUUAUUGUAGAUAUUUGUAAAAUGUCUCUGAGUACAGGACUGUUGUUAACAUUUCUGCUACGUACUCAGAAAUGUGUGGGUUUAUAAUUUUGUGAGCACUGAAAAAGGAAAAAAAUGUAUUUUUCUAAAGAACUAUUGGGUUUUGAUGCCUUUUAAUGCUGAAGAUCUUAGUACUCCCAGAUUUGGCAUGGCUUCAGUAUACACACACACACACACACACACACACACACACACACACACACACACACACACACACACACACACACACUUCAAGUUAUAGGACUUUGCUAGAAAAUCUCCUUUUUCAGUUUUGUAAAGUUGUAAAUGAGUGUGUCUGUAUAUAAAUGUUUCCUUUGUUUUAUAUUAAACGUAAUAUUGCAACACCGGU